AAAAGCCUUUAUGAGAAAAUGCCAUCGUUUCGAAGGGCGGCUGAAGGCCGUUGGCUCAACAGUGACAAGAAGUCCACGGGAAUCGACUACGAUGUGGUCGAAGCAAAGGGUCCAGUCUUCCAGUCUUCCAGUCUUCGCCACGUUUCAUUCGCUGCAGCCGUUGGUACAGCUGCGUUGUGGCCUUGGACCACUAAUAUUGAAGCCAUGGGAGGACUUCUCUCAGCUGCAGAUGAGCAUCCACAGAGCACUGGGACAACGGUGGAUUGUAAGCAGUUCCUUCGCGAAGCGAGUGGCCGAUUGUCCGACUUCUACGUGCGCGUGCGCGAUUUGGGCGAAGGAGCGUAUGGCGAAGUCUUCUUGGCGCGUCAGCGAAUUCUGUCAGGGAGCCAUGAACGAGAGGGUCGGCUCUGCGCAGUGAAACGCGUGCGGAAGCCCAACGUCCAAGCAGGCCUUGAUGCGGAGGGCGCCGAUUCCGAAGAAGCCUUGGAAGAGUUUCGGGUGGAGGUGGAACUGAUGAAAUCCUUGGACCAUCCCUCGAUCUGCCGGCUACUGCAGGUCUACGAAGAUCCCAAGAAUUUGUAUUUGGUGAUGGAACACCUCCAGGGCGGCGAACUUUUCGAGCACGUGGUGGACGUGGGCCAUUUGUCGGAGCCCACGGCAGCUCGUGUGGUGAGGCAGGUCGCUUCGGCGCUGGCAUACUGCCACGAACAUGGCGUGGUGCAUCGGGAUAUCAAACCGGAGAAUAUCCUGGUGGUCGAUGAAGAUCAAGAGCUUACAGUGAAGCUCAUCGACUUUGGCUUCGGGAGUCGCAUCCUAGAGGGCGUGAAAUUGCGGGCCAAAGUUGGGACCUUUGUGUAUAGUGCACCCGAAAUUCUGAAGGGUGACUGCUGUGAUGAGAAGAUUGACAUGUGGGCCCUGGGUUGUGUUCUCUUCGUGCUGUUGUCUGGAGAUUCGCCCUUCUAUGGCAGUGAUUGCCAAGCGAGAAUCUUGGAAGGCCGCUACUCCAUGGAUGACUGGGAGGGCGUCUCCCAGGAAGCCAAAGAAGUGAUCGAUCUGCUGCUAAAGGUGGAGCCGAGCCGACGUCUUUCUGCUAAGGAGUUGCUGGAACAUCCCUGGUUGCAGAGAUCGGCACCACAUCAGCAACUGGAAGCUACAGCCUUGAAACAUCUCAAGGCCUUGGAAAGCUUUCACCAGCAGAAUUUCUUCCGACAUUUGGCCGCUGGGGGUCUUGCCAAACAACUGGAUGAAGGUGACUUACACGAGCUUCAUCGGGCCUUUUGCGAAAUUGACCAGGAUGAAAAUGGAGUAGUGACCUUCGCUGAGUUCAAAAAUGUGUUGCGAGAUUUCAAUCUCAACAGCAGUAGUCACCCAGACUUGGAUGGCUCGGGCAAGGCUGCUGAGAUCUUUCGUUCUGUGGAUUUGGAUGGCCGGGGGGUCAUUGACUACACCGAGUUCGUGGCUGCCUGUUUGGAUCACAAGGUGGAGCAGGAGGAAAGUGUAUGCUGGGCUGCAUUCCAAGUCUUUGACAAAGAUUGCAACGGCACGGUCAGCUUUGAAGAAUUGGAGCAAGUCUUGAACAGCGCAAGCAUGGAAGGCACCUUUGCUCCAGAGCUUCGUCGUGAGCUUUGGGAAGAGUUAACCCAAAAGGCCACUGUGGAAGUCGACUUCGACCAUUUCUUGGCCGCCCUCCGUGGCGUCAAGGCCUCCAAUGUGGCGGCAGAGUCGCGAACACUUCCCAAGGUGGAAGCUCCAGUGGCUGGAGCUUUACCUAUCUCGCGGCGGCAGCAUGGAGCUGCUUUGGCCAUGGGCCUUCCAAUUAAACCUCGAAGGUGAUCCUGCCAUGAGGGGUUUGCAAGAUGUUGGGCGAGUUGACUAUAGUUUCCUCUCAAAAUUGGCGAUGUGUUUUUCCAUCUAUGUUAGUUUGGGAAAUGGUGAACCAUGGAAUUCGAGGCUAUGCCAGUGCGUUUUGGGCAGACUUAAACGAACAUGGAUCUGAGUCAACAUAGUCUUCUAUUUCAGCAGAUGAACUUCAGACUGUACCAAGAGCUACCAGUGUGAACAGACUGAUAUCCAAAAUGGCCGUCAAGUUUCACCAUGUUUCACUCCACGGCUGAUCCUCACCAGGGAUGCCGGUGGCUUCGCUAGUUGAUUGAUUCAGGGUGGAAAGAGCUCGCAGGAAAA